AUGUUUUUUUUUCAGAAUGAGGUAUAUGAAGUUUUGCAAAGCGAUCCAGAUUAUUCUACAAAUAACUCUUCCAGGACAUUUGAUGACGAACGAUACCUUGCAUUUAAACAAGCAUUGGCACUGAAAACACUGAAGAUUUUCUCAUUGGAACGUCAGCUUUCAGAUUUGAAGCGAAAUAAUACUAUCACUAGAAUUAUGGUAUCAUUGAAUCCGGCAUCAUUUAUCAAGUCUACUGUUGGCGAUAAACUGUUCACUUCUUCGAUAAUGAAUAUGGGGACAAGCAGACACUCAAAAUACAUUGAUGAUUCCAAUAAUGGAAAGAUAUUUGGCUGCUACUGUUUAACUGAAAUUGGUCAUGGUAGCAAUGCAAGAGGUAUGCGUACAACAGCAACUUAUGACAAACAGAAAAAAGUGUUUAUACUGAAUUCUCCCGAUUUUGAAGCAGCCAAAUGUUGGGCUGGGGGUUUGGGUCAAAUUGCAAGUUAUGGUACUGUUUACGCUCAGCUUAUUCUUGACGGAAAAAACCUAGGAUUACAUGCUUUCGUUGUACCAAUACGCAAUCCAAAUACUCUUUUACCUUACCCUGGUUUGGUUGUCGGGGAUAUGGGAGAAAAACUUGGUUUGAAUGGAAUAGAUAAUGGCUUUUUGAAGUUUGACAAUUAUGAAAUACCCCGUGAAAAUAUUCUUAACAGAAUAGCUGAUGUAUCUGAAGAUGGUCGUUAUGUUACGUCAAUAAAAGAUCCUAACAAAAGAUAUGGUGCUGCUCUCGGGUCUUUAUCUGCUGGUAGAGUCAACAUUGCUUGUAUUUGUGAAACUCUUGGACUCAAAGCACUAACAAUAGCUCUGAGAUAUGCUGCAGUUCGAAAACAGUUUGGGCCUGAAGGAGAAAACGAAAUACCUAUUUUGGAAUAUCAAUCGCAUUGUCUACGCCUCAUACCUUAUCUGGCUGCUGCAUAUGUUCUGAGGAAUUUUAAUGACUAUUUAUCAGAACAAUUUUUUGAGUUCAUGAUUGAAACAAUGACUGGAAAUGUGAGACCAGAUGCUCCUGAGAUGGGUAUAGAAAUUCAUGGUGUUUCUUCUUCUAGUAAACCAAUGGCCGGUUGGUUAAUGAGGGAUGCUAUUCAGGAAAGCAGAGAGACCUGUGCUGGACAUGGUUAUCUUAAAGCUAGUGGAAUAGGAGACAUAAGAAAUGACCAUGAUGCAAAUUUGACAUACGAAGGUGAAAACCACGUUCUUGUUCAACAGACGAGUAACUGGCUGCUCAAAUUAUGGCCACUGGUUUUACAACAGAAAAGUAUUUCUAGUCCGAUGAAAUCAACUGACUUUCUUACAAAUGGAUUAAAUAUUUUAAAGAAUAGCAAGUUCAGUGCACGAAAUAUUGACGAAACGUGUCAGCCAGACACAAUCAUUUCAACAUACCAAUGGUUAGUUUGUUAUUUACUGAAAUCAACUGCUAAUAAACUGGACGAUGAAAUAAAAUCUGGAAAAGAUUUGUUUACAGCUAAGAAUGAUACCCAGGUUUUUUAUGCGAAAAAUCUUUCUAUUGCUUUCAUACAGCAUUUCUUCCUCCAGCGAAUGCUGGUGACAAUAUCAAAAGCAGAGGACCCUGCUAUAAAGAAUGUGCUCACAAAAUUAUUUUCUCUAUUUGGAUUAUGGGCUUUGGAAAAGUAUCACCUUCCGACACUAUACAAAGGUGAAUUUGUAGUGGGACCAAUGGCCUCGAGUCUAAUACAAGAUUCAAUUUUAAAAUUGUGUCUUGACUUGAAAAAUGAUGCCGUGGCUCUGAUUGAUGCCAUUGCCGUCCCAGAUUUUAUUCUCAACUCCAUUUUAGGAUCAUCAGACGGAAUGGUAUAUAAGAGACUCCAGGAUUCAAUGUAUAGAAACCAAUACUGCAUGAAUAGACCUCCAUGGUGGAGAGAGGUAGUCAACUGGAAAAAUAAUAUAACAAAUAAAUUGUGAUUAGUUUCACAGAAUGUCAAGAUAGAGAAAUAUUAUCCUAACUGCUCAAGAUACAUUUGUAAUUUUUACUGCCUCAUGGAAAUAAGGUUCUGGGUAUUAUACUACUUAAAAUAAGGAAGAAAAACUUACAUCAGUUGUUUUAAAUAAGAGUUUUUAUAUUAUUGCUGUUUGACAAUCAGAUAUUUUUUUAUGGUUGGUAUACACUUGUUAUGCGUUUAAAAAAAAUGUUGAUGAA